AACAUGACUUCCGGUUUCCGGGUUUCAUUUCGUGGUUUACGUUUACUGUGGUGGGCAACUUGAACCAAUUUGUUACAUUCCUUCCUCAUUUUCGUUUACGAUAUUAACAAACAUGUCUGACAACGAAGAUAAUUUUGAUGAUGGAGAUUUCGAUGAUGUGGAGGAGGACGAGGGGCUGGACGACUUGGAAAACGUGGAAGAUGAGGAUCAGGAGAAUGUGCAGAUCCUUCCUGCAGGGGAGGGGCAGCAGGCCAACCAGAAGAGAAUCACAACCCCUUACAUGACCAAAUAUGAGAGAGCACGAGUACUGGGCACCCGUGCUCUGCAAAUCGCAAUGUGCGCACCAGUGAUGGUGGAGCUGGAGGGAGAAACAGACCCUCUGCAGAUCGCCAUGAAGGAACUCAAGAGCAGGAAGAUCCCCAUCAUCAUCCGCAGGUACCUGCCCGAUGGCAGCUACGAAGACUGGGGAUGUGAUGAGCUCAUCAUCACUGACUGAUCACACACACGUCACUGAUGGAUCUGUCUCAUUCUGAUUAGUCUGGAUUUAUACACACAACUCUCUCACACACUCAUAACUUGUGUGUGCACACAUACAGACCGACACACACUCAAGUUAACACACACUAUUAAAGAAAGAUGGAGAAGAAGUGUGCGGGGCCCCAUUCCUUACACUGCACUGCAGGUGCAAGUGCAGCUCCAUCCACUAGGGGGAGCUAGUUGUAUUUAGACUUUUGUUUGAGGAAUAAUUUUCAAUGUAUGAAGUGAAUUUUAGUUUGUUUUUAUUAAUGUAUGCAAUAAACAUUUUUAUAAAAAUU